GCUUGCAUCUGCCCCAUGACACUAAGCCCAGUGUCUGGGCAUUUCAGCAGUUGUUCUGAGGGUUCAGGGUGCUUAUCCCCCAUCAGCAGCUGCACUGCCUCCUGCCUCAGGAGCAGAUCAGAGGAAUGCUGUGGAAGAGACCCAGGCCUCUGGCCACCCAGAUUAGAGAGUUUUGUGCUGAGGUCCCUAUAUGGUUGUGUUAGAGUGAACGGCCAGCUCCAGCCUGUCUCUGCUCCUUGUUUGGGAAGCAAGUGGGAGGGAAUCAGACUAAGGGGCUAUAUAACCCUUCAGUAUUCAGCUUCCCUGGACACCACCCACCCAGAGUGGAGAAGCCCAGCCCGCCACCGUCAGGAACCCUGUGAAGCUGCUCUAGCUAUGUGUGAAGAAGAGGACAGCACUGCCCUGGUGUGUGACAAUGGCUCUGGGCUCUGUAAAGCUGGCUUUGCUGGUGAUGAUGCUCCCAGGGCUGUUUUCCCAUCCAUUGUGGGACGUCCCAGACAUCAGGGAGUAAUGGUGGGGAUGGGACAAAAAGACAGCUACGUGGGCGAUGAAGCACAGAGCAAAAGAGGGAUCCUGACCCUGAAGUACCCGAUAGAGCACGGAAUCAUCACCAACUGGGAUGACAUGGAAAAGAUCUGGCACCACUCCUUCUAUAAUGAGCUUCGUGUGGCCCCUGAAGAGCACCCCACCCUGCUGACGGAGGCACCACUGAACCCCAAGGCCAACCGGGAGAAAAUGACCCAGAUUAUGUUUGAGACCUUCAACGUACCUGCCAUGUAUGUGGCCAUUCAGGCUGUGCUGUCCCUGUAUGCCUCUGGACGCACAACUGGUAUUGUGCUGGACUCUGGAGAUGGUGUUACUCACAACGUUCCCAUCUAUGAGGGGUAUGCCCUGCCCCAUGCCAUCAUGCGUCUGGACUUGGCUGGCCGAGAUCUCACCGACUACCUCAUGAAGAUCCUGACUGAACGUGGCUAUUCCUUCGUGACUACUGCUGAGCGCGAGAUUGUUCGUGACAUCAAGGAGAAGCUGUGCUAUGUAGCUCUGGACUUUGAAAAUGAGAUGGCCACUGCUGCCUCCUCAUCUUCCCUGGAGAAGAGCUAUGAGCUGCCUGAUGGGCAGGUGAUCACCAUUGGGAAUGAACGCUUCCGCUGCCCCGAGACCCUCUUCCAGCCAUCUUUCAUUGGGAUGGAGUCAGCUGGUAUCCAUGAAACCACCUAUAACAGCAUCAUGAAGUGUGAUAUCGACAUCAGGAAGGACCUCUACGCUAACAACGUCCUCUCUGGGGGCACCACCAUGUACCCAGGCAUUGCUGACCGGAUGCAGAAGGAGAUCACAGCUCUGGCACCCAGCACUAUGAAGAUCAAGAUCAUUGCGCCCCCAGAGCGCAAGUACUCUGUGUGGAUUGGAGGAUCCAUCCUGGCGUCCCUAUCUACCUUCCAGCAGAUGUGGAUCAGCAAACAGGAAUACGAUGAAGCUGGUCCCUCCAUCGUCCACCGCAAAUGUUUCUAAGCCCCCUCCCUGCACAUGGCCGGGAAUAUCCUGUGGUUCAGUGCCUUCAAUUCCUUUCUAAAUCAUUCCUAUCCAAAGCUUUGACUUGCUACUCGUAUUUUUUUUUUUUUUUUUUUAAAUAAAUCAGACCUGUGCUACCCUU